UCAAGAUUUUUUGAAAGAAAUUUCUGAAGGAAAAAGAACAAAUGAAGAUGAAUAUGAAAUUGAUGCAAAAAAACUGAAGGUCACUAAUGUUCUUGAUGAUAUAAACCCUGAGGAAUUUUCAUCCAGAAUUCAAAUACAUGUUGUUGAAACAGUAGAAGCUUGUCUCCAUGAGGUUGCAGUUCCUCAUGAUGCUGAAUAUAUUCCAUUGCGCCAAAGUCAGAAUCCACCUUCUCGAAAAUAUCCCUUUAUAUUGGAUCCAUUUCAGAAAGAGGCAAUUUUAUGUUUGGAAAAUAAUCAGUCGGUUCUUGUGUCAGCACAUACUUCUGCUGGAAAGACAGUAGUUGCAGAGUAUGCUAUUGCUAUGUCUUUACGUGAUAAGCAAAGAGUGAUCUAUACCACACCAAUCAAAGCUCUCAGUAAUCAGAAGUAUCGUGAAUUUUAUGAGGAAUUCAAAGAUGUUGGUUUAUUGACUGGUGAUGUAACUAUUAAUCCUUCAGCUAGCUGUCUAAUUAUGACCACAGAAAUUUUACGAAGUAUGUUAUAUAGAGGGUCAGAAGUGAUGAGAGAAGUAGGAUGGGUUGUCUUUGAUGAAAUACAUUAUAUGAGAGACAAAGAGCGAGGUGUUGUGUGGGAAGAAACAAUUAUACUUCUUCCUGACAGUGUGCAUUAUGUAUUUUUAUCUGCUACCAUUCCUAAUGCUAGACAGUUUGCUGAAUGGAUUUGCCAUCUCCAUCACCAACCUUGCCAUGUAGUAUAUACUGAUUAUAGACCAGUGCCUUUGCAACAGUACAUUUUCCCUGCUGGUGGUGAUGGCUUACAUUUAGUUGUGGAUGAAAAUGGUAAUUUUCGUGAAGAAAAUUUUAAUACAGCUAUGAAUGUUUUACAAGUUGCUGGUGGUGCAGCUAAAGGAGACUCAGGAAUGAAAGGCCGGAAAGGGGGAUUUAAAGAUGGUUCAAAUUGCUAUAAAAUUGUAAAAAUGAUAAUGGAAAGGAAUUUUGCCCCUGUAAUCGUGUUCAGUUUUAGUAAAAAGGAAUGCGAGGCAUAUGCCAUGCAAAUGGCCAAACUAGACUUCAACAGUGCUGAAGAAAAACCAUUAGUAGAAGAAGUAUUUAGAAAUGCAAUGGACGUGUUAUCUGAUGAAGACAAAAAAUUGCCUCAGGUCGAACAUGUGCUCCCGCUUUUAAAACGGGGAAUUGGAAUUCAUCAUUCUGGUCUUUUACCUAUUUUAAAGGAAACAAUUGAAAUACUCUUUUCCGAAGGUUUAAUAAAGGCAUUGUUUGCAACAGAAACUUUUGCUAUGGGAUUAAAUAUGCCAGCCAGAACAGUAUUAUUUACUAAUGCACGAAAAUUUGAUGGAAAAGAUUUUCGAUGGGUCACAUCUGGUGAAUACAUCCAGAUGAGUGGACGUGCUGGCAGAAGAGGUCUUGAUGAAAGAGGUAUUGUCAUUUUGAUGGUUGAUGAAAAGAUGAGCCCAUCUGCGGGAAAAGAAAUUGUAAAGGGUUCACCAGAUCCUAUAAAUUCAGCCUUCCAUUUGACUUAUAAUAUGGUAUUGAAUUUGCUUCGAGUAGAUGAAAUAAAUCCUGAGUAUAUGCUUGAACGUUCUUUCUUCCAAUUCCAGAAUUACUCAGUUAUACCACAACUGUAUGACAAAAUUAAAAAGCUCCGAGAAGAGCAUGAUGCUAUAGAAAUAGAACGAGAAGAUGAAGUCGAUGCAUAUUAUAAAAUAAAAAAACAAUUAGCUACUUUGUCUGAAGAGUAUCAUUCAUAUAUUACACAGCCAGAAUACUGUGUUCCCUUCUUCCAGCCAGGACGUUUAGUGAAGGUGCAAAAUGGAGAUGAUGAUUUUGGUUGGGGUAUUGUAAUAAAUUACCAAAAGAAGUAUCUAACAGCUGAAAACAAAGAGGAGUCACCUGUCUUUUAUGUAGUUGAUGUUUUGCUGCAUGUUUCCAAAGAAAGUUCUGAAACAAAAGUAACUUCUAAUUUGAAGCCACCACCUUCAGGAGAAAAAGGCAUUAUGCAGGUUGUGCCUAUUAAAUUAAACCUUAUUCAACAGUUAAGUUCAGUACGUGCCUAUUAUCCAGACGACCUCAGGCCCGUGGAUAAUCGGAUGAAAGUUCUUAAAACAAUUCAGGUAAGGCAAUGUAUAUGUAUGCAUAAAAGUUUUAUUCACUAAAAAA